ACAAAUUAAACUGAAACUGUUUGAUUUUCAUCACUAAAUGGACGGUGGUUUCUAUCUACUAGUAGUGAUUGGUUUGGUUUCAUUGGGGGUUGUUAACAGCGUGCAUGGGCAAGGGACGCGUGUAGGGUUCUACUCUAGUACGUGCCCUAGAGCGGAGUCCAUUGUUAGGUCGACGGUUCAGUCUCAUCUUAACUCUGACCUUACUUUGGCUGCGGGGCUGCUGAGGAUGCACUUCCAUGACUGCUUUGUUCAAGGUUGUGAUGGUUCCGUCCUCAUUUCUGGCAACAACACCGAGAAGAGUGCGGUACCCAACCUUGCACUCAGAGGCUUUGAGGUCAUUGAUGAUGCAAAGACGCAGCUCGAGGCUGCCUGCCCUAAUGUGGUGUCUUGUGCUGAUAUCCUUGCCCUUGCUGCCCGUGAUUCCGUUGUUCUGAGUGGUGGAGUUAGUUGGCAAGUGCCAACUGGACGCAGAGACGGCGUAGUGUCACGUGAGUCGGAUGUGGAGUUACCGGGACCGGAUGACUCUGUUGACUUGCAGAAACAGAAGUUUGCGGCAUUGGGUCUCGACACAAAAGACCUUGUUACCCUUGUUGGUGGACACACCAUUGGCACUACAAGUUGUGGGCUUUUGAGCAGCAGGCUAUACAAUUUCAACGGAAGAAAUGGUCCUGACCCGACCAUUGACCCUUCAUUUCUUCCUCAGUUACAAGCACUUUGCCCUCAGAAUGGUGGAGCUCCUAGUAAGCGAGUGCCUCUAGAUAAUGGUAGCCAAACCAAAUUUGAUACAUCUUACUUUAAUAAUGUGAAAAAGGGAAGGGGAAUUCUGCAAUCUGAUCAGGCACUGUGGACUGAUCCUUCCACAAAGGCACUUGUGCAGAGGUACUCACUUGGAUUAACCUUUAAUGUUGACUUUGGAAAUUCUAUGGUCAAGAUGAGCAACAUUGGUGUCAAAACAGGUUCUGAAGGUGAAAUCCGCAAGAAAUGCUCCGCUUUUAAUUAAUUUUAUAAUAUAUAUAGAAGGUGUUUUUCUUAUUUUCUAUAGGCUAGCUUGGCAUCAGCCAGUUGUGGUAUUUAUGUAUCUUUGGUAUGGCUUUCCUUUUUCAUCAAUGUUUGUGAUCACCAGUAUCUUCAAGCGUAAACGUAAAGGUUAGUGUAUGCAAAAUAGAAAAUAAGAAACUCUCGAAUAAUAGAGGGUCAAGUCAACUUGCACAAA